AUGGCUCCAGCUCCAGAAUCGAUCGCAAAGGCGAAACCGUCGCUUACCUCCAACGACUCCGCCGUGCUGCAAGCUCUCUUCGACGCCGAAUCAUCUCCAUCGAACAGCGUCGAAACUGACUCCUCGCUCCCACAGCUUCCACACAUCGCAGACGCCGACCUCCACUCGUUGAAACAGCGGGAACUCAGCGCCCUCAAACCCCUGCAGACAUCCAACGAAAACCUAACGCCGGAAAUAAUAAACACGGCCAUAGCUCAGCUUUCGGAGAUUAUCCAACAGCAUUCUAACUAUGCGCCAGCUUACCUAAAUCGCGCUCAAGCUCUACGCCUAUUGAUCGACACCGACAGCCAGACCCAGCCCGAUGGGCCACAGGUCACCCCCUCUCGUUCAACCCUGCUGUUUGACAACCUGGCCAAAACGAUCGCUCUGCUUACCCCCUCCUCGUCGACGGCGGCUAUUUCGCCUUUCCAGUCCCGCAUCCUGGCCAACGCCCACACUCACCGUGCAUACAUUCUCUACAAGGCCGCGCGGUCGAAAGACGAGAAGGAGAAGCAACACCACCGAGCGAAGCUGCUUCCACAACAGCUUCAGGAUGUCUCUGAUGACCGGCUGGAGGAGCUUGCCAGCUAUGACUUCCAGAUCGGUGGACGCUGUGGUAACGAGGCGGCGAGGCAGAUGGCCGUAGGCACGAACCCGUAUGCGAAGAUGUGCGGAGCUAUAGUGAAGGAUGCAAUUCAGGCCGAGAUUACAAAGUGGAAUGAGAGCCAAACAUGA